ACAAUCUCCUCUUUAAUAUAAAAGUGAGGAGUAUUGAUUCUGUGACAGUAGUUUGACAAAAAGCAAACACAGCUUCUGAAUUACAAGCCCUAGAUUUUCUCCUCAAUUUUGGUCCCUCCCUUUUCUUCCCCCAAUUCAUGGCCAAUGCAGCUUCUGGUAUAGCUGUCCACGAUGACUGCAAGUUAAAGUUUUUAGAACUGAAGGCCAAGAGAACUUACAGGUCCAUAAUAUUCAAAAUUGAAGAGAUACAAAAGCAGGUCACUGUAGAAAAAGUUGGUGAUCCAACUGAAAGCUACGAGGACUUUGCUGCGAGCCUCCCUGCCAAUGAGUGUCGAUAUGCUGUUUAUGAUUAUGAUUUUGUUACCCAGGAGAACUGCCAGAAGAGCAGGAUUUUCUUUAUUGCUUGGUCUCCGGACUCAGCAAAGGUGAGAAGCAAGAUGAUUUAUGCAAGCUCGAAGGAGAGGUUCAAGAGAGAGCUUGAUGGUAUUCAGGUAGAGUUGCAAGCUACUGAUCCAACUGAAAUGGACAUGGAUGUUAUCAAAAGCCGAGCUGCCUAAUCUGUUAAUUCCUGUAUCAGGAGCUUACUGUUAUGUUCCUUUCAUAUGUUUUGGAUGUCUAUAAUUGUGUUUUGGAACUUGGUAGGUGUUUAGUUAUAAUAUUACCAUAUUAAUGGAACUUUUUAUUUGUUGAAGAUUAUGUGGAAAUCUCAAGUAAAUUAUAUCUGAAUUGUCAUCUGUUUGGGAUCA